CAGAGACUGAUACACGCGCAAUGACUGAUACAUGCGAAGUUACUGGUUCAUGCAAAGUGAGUGGCGUGACAGUAAAAUGUGCCAAAAAUGCAAAAGGGAAAAGAAAGUGGGACAAAAAACAUUAUUGUGUCUAUUGCAUGAAACUGCAGUCUAAACUGGCUCGUCACUUAGAAAGGCGGCAUGCUGAAGAACCAGACGUUGGACGUGCCUUGAGCUUCAAUAAGAAGAGUGCAGAAAGGAAAGCGCUGUUUUUCAAGAUACAAAACAAGGGUGAUUAUCAUCAUAACUAUAAUGUCAUUGAGAAGCACAAUGGAGAAAUAAUUCCUUUGAUGAGGCCGUCAUCAUCGGGACCUCUGUGUUCAUAUCAAGAAUACAGUGCAUGUGAAUUCUGCUAUGGCUUUGUCAAAAAGUCAGAUCUUUGGAAGCAUGUAGCAUCUUGCAAAUUGAGAGAUCAACCAAAAACCAAAUAUAAGCGCAUACAGGCUGCCAGUUCAUUGUUACUGCCUCUCGCAAAAGGUGCAUCAGAGGGCUUGCGAGAAAAUGUGCUUACUAAGAUGAACCAAGAUGUUGUCACGAGACAUGUUGGCCAGGAUUCACUGAUUUUGAGGUAUGGUUCAACACUGUACACUAAACACGGCCUUGAUAAGCACAAGUACAACUAUAUUUCACAGAAAAUGAGGGAGUUAGGGAGGCUUCUAAUAUCAGCAAAGAAAUCGGAUUCUAGUGUGCGAUCAUUAACUGAUUGUAUUGAUCCUGUGAAGUUCGAUUUGCUGGUAAAAGUUGGAAAAUCUAUGUCAGCAAGUGUCCCUUCACUUGGAAUUAAAUUGGGCUUUUCAUUAAAGCACUGUGCGAACAUCUUAAAGUCAGAAAGCAUCAAGUGUCAAGACGAGAAAUCCAAAAAGAAAGCAGUCGACUUCUACAGCCUAUGUGAGAUGCAGUGGGGUCAGGAAGUUUCCAACAGUGCUUACAGGGUACUCAAUGAAAGUAGGUGGAACAGACCUCAAACUCUUCCAUUCACAAAGGAUAUAGCAAAACUUCACAGUUAUCUAAAGACGAAGAGGCAUGAAUACAGCAAGAAUCUACUAGCGUCCGGAAGCAGUGAUGACUGGUACAAUUUGGCUCAGCUUACGUUGACUGAAGUUAUAUUGUUUAACAGAAGGCGAUCAGGAGAAGCUGGACGGAUGGAACUGAAAUGGUACAAAACAAACUCCAACAAACACUUGCAGGAGGACAUUGAACAGUGCUUGACUCAGUUGGAAAUAAAGCUUGCAAAAUCACUGAAGCAUGUGGAGAUUAGAGGCAAACGUGGAAGGAAGGUUCCAGUCCUAUUAACUGCAGAGAUGAGCAGAAACAUUGACCUACUAAUAGACAACAGAUUUAAUUCUGGUGUACCUGAAGCAAACAAAUUUCUGUUUGCUAUUCCACACACUACAUCUUAUAUACGAGGUGAUAGAUGCUUAGCAAAAUUUGCAGCUGAGUGUGGUGCAAAGCGUCCAGAACUUCUCCGAUCAACACGCCUCCGUAAACAUGUGGCUACAAUGAGUCAACUAUUGAACUUAAGAGAACAUGAACUCGAUAUGUUGGCUGGCUAUCUUGGCCAUGACAUAAAUGUCCAUAGGGAAUACUACCGUCUUCCGGAAGAUACGCUGCAUCUAGCAAAAGUGAGCAAGCUACUAGUCGCAUUUGAGAGAGGAGAUGUAGCAAAAUACGCUGGGAGAACAUUGGAUGACAUCCAGAUUGAUGUUGAUGAGGAGCUCCCAGUUGAUCUACCAGAUAGAGAUGAGGAAGAAGAAGACACUGAUGAGGAAACUUCUACUCAGCAGCCGUCAUGUAUGCAGGCAGAAAGUGAGGAAGAUGAGGAGGAAGAAGACACUGAUGAGAAAACUCCUACUCAGCAGCCAUCAUGUAUGCAGGCUGAAUGUGACAGUGAUGAUACAUGUGAAGCUGCCAAUGCACCACCGCCUCUGAAAUGCCAAACUCGAAAUGUGGUUAAGAAGCCAUGGACAGAUGCAGAGAGGGAUGCCAUUGACCGGCAUCUUGGAGUAUUUAUAAGAACAAUGAAGCUGCCAGGGAAGGAGUGUGAGCCUUGCCAGCUGAACGAAUCCAGAUUAGCACAGAGGCCAUGGAGGCAAAUUAAAUACUUUAUUUAUAAUAGAAUUAAGAAAUUGAAGCAAACGAAGAAUUAGUUGUGCGGCCGUUUACAUGUUUGUGUUACCUUAUAUCAGGAGUACCUAUUAUCUACUCCUGCUUAUAUCCACAUAUCUAUAUCUCUCCAUCUCUACAUCUCUGUUUCUAACUCCCCGCCACUCUCACAUCUAUAUCACCAUACCCUUGAUCAGCCCUUUUCUGUCCCUCUCCAUAUUAUUCCUAUAUUUUCCUGGGUCUCUCGCUCUCUCUCUCUCUAUCGUAAAUCGCUGUCCCGCCUCUCUCUCUCUCUCUCUCUUUCUCUCGCUGGCUCUUAUGCUCAGUGGUUAAUUUGUUUGGUUUAAUGUCAAAUAAAGGUGAAUUUCAAUUAUGAAAAGAAAUGUUAAUUGUUUUGAAAAAAGUUGCAGGUAAAUUUGUAAAGUAAUUGGUAAAAUUGCAGGGGAACUAGCAUUAAUGUGUGUCCGUAAUUUCAACAACUCAUACUUAGGUUGGCUUUGAAAUGAAACCCUGAGAUGAAAUUAUUAUCUGCUGUUGUCUCAGUUUUCUUGUUCUCAUGAGUUUACAAUUCUGACCAUACUUACAAGCAGUCUUACAUACACCCACUGCGUCCUACGAGGUAAUAUACACACCUGGUUUUCACUUUAUGCUAAAACCGUGUUAUAACUUUAUAUCACUUUAUAAUACACAAACCCUGCUACUCGCUGUGUAAUAGGCCUACACAUAACCUGCCACUUCUCAUUUUUUUAUAAUACACAAUACCUGCUUCUCAUUGUAUAACCAAACCUGCUACUCACUUUAUGAAGCACAAACCCUGCUACUCCUUAGUAAUAUACCUUCCGGUCCUCACUAAGUAAUACACAGCCUUGUCUUCACUAUGUUAUACACACCCUGGUCCCCACUAAGUAAUACACACAGUGGUCCUCUCCUUAAAAUACACACCUCCGGUCCUC